GUAAAAAUAAACUAUAUUCAUCAUAAACAAUUUUCGUUAAAAUCAAGGAAAACCUAGUAAAUUCACCAUUAAAUAAAUAAAUAGAUAAAUAUAUCUUUCCGGAUCCCUCAAUAGUUAAUUUAGGCUUCCAUUCCAUUGAUUUGUAUCUCGCUCGCGUUUCAACUCUCCGACUCCUUCAAGACACCAAAAAAUAAAAAUAAAAAACCGAAUUAGCAUUUUCAGAAGACUCGACCUGGUCGCUCCGUAUUUCUUCGUUUCAUUGUUGGACUUCUUCAUAGUUCAUAGAAGUUGUUCAAAGAUGGAUCUGGAGGUCAAGAAGGAAGUCCUAGAAGACCACCUUAACACGGCGUCGCAUCAUCAGAAUUCCACCGAACCUAUAAGAGGUGAAGAAGAAGCCACUCUGGCUCAAAUGUCCAUGUCUUCCUCAACCAAAGUAAAACGCAAGCCCAAACCUAAGAAAAUCUUCACAGCGGAUGAAACUAUAAAGUCAACGAAGAAGAAAGAAAAAAUUAUAUUAAAGAUCAGGAAGACUCAAUCUGAUCCCACAGAAAAGCAAGCAGUAGCUGAAUCUGGAGGAAAGUGCAAGAGCUUUAAGAGAAACAAGGAUCCAGUUGAUGGGCCAUGUCCUCAUGCUGAAGUUAAGUCAGCUGCCAUGAUUAGGGCAGAAGAAGUUCGGUCAAAUCUGGAGCCUGCAUACCCUAGUUUUGCCAAAUCUAUGGUCAGAUCACAUGUGGCUAGUUGUUUCUGGAUGGGGAUUCCGGGACAAUUUUGUAAGUUAUACUUACCCACCAAGGAUGCCAAUGUUGUUUUGGAAGAUGAAUGUGGGAAACUAUACGAGGCAAAAUACUUUGCUGAGAAGACAGGAUUGAGUGCUGGUUGGAGACAGUUUUCAACUGGCCACAAUUUGGUUGAGGGAGAUGUUUUGGUCUUCCAAUUAGUUGAACCUCUUAAAUUCAAGGUUUAUAUAAUAAGGGCAAAUGAUUUUUCUGAAGUUGAUGGGGCUCUUGGCCUUCUAAAUUUGGAUGCUCAUACUAAACAAAAUGAUCUACUUUUGGAAGCUCAUACAAAACAAAAUGAUGCAGAUCUGAACUUCGACAAAAAUAAUUCUGAAAUGAAAGCAGUACCUAAUCAGAAUACAAGGAGGAAACGCCAGAGGUCUCUCCCAUUAGCAGUUGUUCAGAAGAAGAAUAAAAAAUCUCAACAGUCUAUAUCAGCUUCUAAUAUUGGACAACCAGCAGAACAGUCUGAAAAUGAUAGCGAAGAUGUUGGUUCAGAAGUUCUGGAAGGCUUCAAAUUAUCUAUACCUGCUGUUCAGUUUAAAGAUAUUACAAGUUUAGACAAUUUCAAUAUCUUUGUAGAUGGAUCAGUUAUAGAUUCUGAGCUUCCAGAAGGUAUUCGGUGUAAGUACUACGAGCUUUGCUGCACUCGAAAUGCAUUGCUUCAUGACAGUCUGAUUCAGGGCAUCAACAUUAAAUUGAUCAGUGGAAUUAUUUCUGAAACUGUUAACAUUUCUGAAGCCAUAAGAAAUUGCAACCUUAGUAACUCGCAUGAUGAAUUUGCUACCUGGGAUAAGACUCUGAAAGCCUUUGAACUGCUGGGCAUGAAUGUUGGAUUUUUACGUGUAAGGAUACAUCAGCUUCUUAACCUUGCUUUUGAAUCAGAAGGUGCCAAAGACGCAAGAAGGUAUGCAGAAGCUAAAGCUCAACAAGCUACGGCCAUGGAUGAAAUAAGAAAUAUUGAAGCAAGGCUUGAGGAAUUGAAAGGGGCCUGUGAAAAUUUUUGUGCUGAAAUUGAGAGUCUGAAGUGGAAAGCUGAGCUCUACGAGCACAAAUUCCAGGAAGAGGUUAAUGCUCCAUGGUGAUAUUAUACUUGUUACGUGGGCAUUAGUUAUUAUUAUUUUUGUUAAUCCUUGUUUAUGCUUUUUGAUUAUGCACCAAUGAAAACCUUGCUUUGUGUGGUAGAUUUGACUCAGGAUUAUUAGGUAGGUGUAUUUUUAGCGCAGAGCAUUACUCAUGCCCAACUCGUUUUAAGGACUCGUUAUAUAGGAUUUAUUUCAUUUUCAUAUAUAUAUUUUUCAUUUUGUUCCGGAA